UAUUCUGUUUCUGUUUUCUAUUCGCUCUAUUGUCCUGUAUGAUUUGUUCGAAAGCAACGAUUAUUGCUGUUAAACAGUACAUUAAUUAAGAGUAAAAUAAAAUUUAUUUUCUCUUUCACAUUACAGCGUUAUCCUUAAUCUUUUUACGAACUUUCCUUUUUUUAGUUUGAAAUGCUUUGAUGAGUAAGCAAUGAAAUUUAUUUAUGGUAAGGUGAAGAAUUGACAUGUUUGGCCGGCUUAAGUUCAAUAUGAGAGUGCUAGGUUUUUUUUCCUUGACUUUGCUUUUAGCUGUUAUCCUUAGUGUGAAACUUUUGGCUGAUGCCCUUGAAAAUUCAAAAAAUUAUGAAAGAAAUGAUUCAGAAUAUUUAUUGCUGAGUAGAAAACUUGAUAAUUUAACUUUACAAGUUAAUAAACUGCAAGAUCUAACAUCAAAGCCAUUUCCUAGAGUAAAAAAAUUAAACUACAUGAACAAGAAGAGGAUAUUGGUGACAGGAGGUGCAGGAUUUGUAGGCAGUCAUCUUGUUGACCGACUCAUGUCUGAAGGUCAUGAGGUGACAGUUGUAGAUAACUUCUUCACAGGUUCAAAGAAAAAUAUUGAACAUUGGAUAGGGCAUGAAAACUUUGAACUAAUUCGACAUGACAUCAUUAAUCCUUUGUACGUAGAAGUCGAUCAAAUCUACCAUUUGGCCUCUCCAGCUUCUCCUCCUCAUUACAUGUUCAAUCCAGUGAAAACAAUCAAGACAAAUACCAUUGGAACUAUAAAUCUACUAGGUUUGGCCCGUCGAGUAGGAGCACGGAUACUUGUUGCUUCCACAUCAGAAGUGUAUGGAGAUCCAAUGGUUCAUCCACAAAAUGAAGAUUACUGGGGCCAUGUUAAUCCAAUUGGCCCUCGCUCUUGUUAUGAUGAAGGAAAGCGUGUGGCAGAAGCAUUAAGUUAUGCUUAUGCUAAGCAGGAAAAAGUUCAAGUUCGAGUGGCACGUAUUUUCAAUACCUAUGGACCAAGAAUGCAUAUAAAUGAUGGACGUGUUGUUAGUAAUUUUAUUCAACAGGCACUUCAGAAUAAUUCAAUAACAAUUUAUGGUUCUGGUAAACAAACCAGAUCAUUUCAGUAUGUUAGUGACUUAGUUGAUGGAUUGAUAUUGUUGAUGAACAGCAAUUACAGUUCACCAAUAAAUUUAGGAAAUCCUGAUGAAUAUACAAUUGAAGAAUUUGCUUCUGUUAUUAAAGAGAUUAUUGGUGGUGUCAGUCCAAUUGUGAAGCAAAGUGGAGUACAAGAUGAUCCUCAACGCAGGAGACCUGAUAUAAGAAGAGCAAAGUUAUAUUUGGGAUGGAGUCCGAAAGUUCCUUUAACUCUAGGCCUAAAGAAAACCAUUAAGUAUUUUGAAAAAGAGCUUAUGAAGGAAAAUGCCAAAGAUCAACCAGUAUAAAAUAGUUAUCUAUAAUUACAAAGCAUUUAUGUAAAUAACACUGUUGCAUAUGUUAUUAUCAAAAUUGUGUCAUUUGUGUAUUAUAUUUUAAUAUUGUUCAUCUAUAAAAAAAUAAAUAUAA